AAUAACAUCACCUAAACGGAAUUAAAUGGUUAAAAAUUGAAACUGCAGGUACAGCAUUGUUUUAUUGAUUUAAAUUGUAUUAUAAGCAAUUGAUUGUAUCGUAUGAACAAGAAUAUUCACAUUCACCCUGUAUAUAAUUUAUCGUGAAUUCGUGAUACGAAGGUAUAUUGCUUUAUUAGUCGUGGAUAAGUAAUAACUUUGCCGUUUUUUUUUAUAGUUAUUCAGUAAAACGCUGUUUUGCAUAGGCUUUGCCUUGUAAAAACCAUAACAUAAGCCAAUACAUGUCACUGAUAACAAAAUAACAUUUUUUUUUGUGGUCGGGAGUAUAAAUUAAAUCACACAUUGGACUUGUAAAAGUUCCUACCUAAUAAGUGCAUUUUAGAAUGAAGGUGAUGCAUACCAGAGUAAAAAGAAUGACGGUUACAAAAAAUGUGUUGGUGGCUUUGCUGAUGGGUAUGGCAUGCGGUUUCAUGUUGGCCUACGUCAGUCUCAUACCCAUGGGGGCCCUUAAGUUGAAUUUAAACGACGCUCAUUACAGCAGUCAGCUGGAGUACGCAGAGGGUCCCACCUAUGACCCGGGUGUUCACAAUCAUGAGGAAGAGUUUCAUAACAUGGAGGACACCUCCGUGGCUGAUAACUUAACUAGGAAAGUUCGGGUUUUAUGCUGGGUCAUGACCCAACCGAAGAACCAUCAGAAGAAGGCGAGGCAUGUGAAGAAUACGUGGGGAAAGAGGUGUAACAUUUUGCUUUUUAUGAGCACCGCAGAAGAUGAAUCAUUGCCAGCGAUUGCCCUGUCGGUGAAGGAAGAAAGAGAUUUUCUUUGGGCGAAAACCAAAGAAGCGUUCAAAUACAUUUACAAACAUUACUUAGAUAAGGCCGAUUGGUUUCUUAAAGCUGAUGAUGAUACUUUUGUGAUAUUAGAAAACUUAAGAUACAUGCUGAAACCGUACAAUACAUCCGAUCCCAUAUACUUCGGCUGUCGUUUUAAACAAUUUGUCAAACAAGGCUACAUGAGUGGAGGAGCUGGUUAUGUACUAAGUAGGGAAGCAGUAAAACGUUUUAUUGAGAUGGGAUUGCACAAUGCCACACACUGUUAUCGAGGUGAUCGAGGCAGUGAAGACGUAGAAUUGGGUAAAUGUAUGGAAGCAGUUCAUGUGAAAGCUGGUGAUUCCAGAGAUAGUCAUGGAAGAGGCAGAUUUUUCCCUUUUGUACCAGAACACCAUCUUAUCCCUGGUCAUGUCUCAAAAGAGUUUUGGUACUGGAAAUACAUUUACUAUGAUAGUAAGGAGGGCAUGGAAUGUUGUUCAGACAAUGCAGUGUCGUUUCAUUACGUCAGCCCUAAUCAAAUGUACGUGCUCGAGUAUUUAAUAUAUCAUUUGAGACCGUACGGUAUCACCUACCAUGUCACCUUGUCUUCUAGUCAUCCCGAUGGAAUCUCACUCAGUGAUAAGGACAACAAGUCUACUAUUGCACAAAAUAAUUAAAGUAGGUACCGUAUUUAUUAUAAAUAUUAUUAAAAACACGGAAAUCUCGAUAUUUUACCAAAGAUUUAAAGACAAAAAAAUCACUCACUCGUACUUGUAAUUAAAAAUAUCUUAAAGCUUCAAAAAACAUUCCCACCACGACAUUAUUUUAUUUUUGGAACAGUUGCCAUUAAUUAUUUAUUUAAUUUUUUAUGACAUUUACGAUAUCAUUUAACUUGAAACCUAAAGAUAAUGUUUAAAUUCAUUUUGGCCUUAAAAUAUGAUCAAGUAUUAGAUUACAAAAUUUAUAUAGGUGCAUUAAAAUUCAUAAUUUCAUAUUUUUAAUUAUAAAAUUCUCUUUAAUGCAGUCUUUUGUGAUUGAUGCGGUACAUUUAGUCAUUUGGCUGUGCAAAUACUAAAAUUAAUAUCAAUUCUUAUUCCUUUUCCAAUUUUAAGUGCCAUUUAUAUUAACUUUAUCUAUAAGGAAGGAUUUAUUAUUUAUACGUGGUUUUUUGUCCAUUUUUUUUACUCUUUGAUAACUAGUUAGUUAAAAUGCUGCAUUUUUAUGUACAUAUAUAUACAUUUGUGUAUUUUUUGCGAGCAUUCAUGCAAUUGAUUUCUAUAAAAAUGUAUUUUAGAAAAAGUAGUUGGUAAAUUACCUUCUUAGCCAUUGGGAUCUUAUUUAUAACUUAUUUGAUAUUAACAUUUAUUUUCGAAUGUACUUUUUUCGUGGAACGAUUUUUGACUAAACGUCCUUACAAUACAUUUAAAAAACUUUAUUAUUAGUGAAGAAAUAGUAGUAACGAUAAAGAAUCUCAUUUUGCUUUUUUUUUAUGUAAUUAUAAUUACUGACGGAAUAUCGUAU